AUGAGCGACAACUCACCACCGGUCCCUGCACUGCUAGCCAGACCAUCUAAACAAAAACCAAGCAGUAUCAACAGCGACGACAACGUCAAUGAUGCACGCAUAAUUACAGUUCCUGCAGGAAUGCUGACUCCAACGGCCGCUUCUCAUCCUACUGCUACUACUGCAACGACUCAUGUCACCGCCACUGCUACUACUCCACCUUCUAGUACCAUUUCUUCAACUGCAGCACUUGAUUUCGCCGUCAAAACUCCUACGACUUCAUUAUCAUCAGUAACAAUAACCGUUGCGGCAGGAGACGGCCCUGGAAAUAAUAUACCCGUGAGCAAUCUUUUUCAUAGGAACCCCUCGAUCCGUAUCAGGCGUAGCAAGGACAAGAGCAAGAGUAAGAGCAAGAGUAAGGACAAGGAUAAGAAUAAAGUCAAGGCUAUCACUUCACUAGGUGAGCCAGAUGUUCCCAAGCUGUCCCUAAAACGGUCCAGGUCGCCCAUCAAGAUGCUCAAAAACAUCAAAUCCUACCUUCAUAUUCACAAACAUAAACAUUCGACCAUGCAAGGAAGCAGCAACGGAAGCGGCGGCUCUUUUCAACACCUACAGCAAGGCGCCCAUAACAUCCACAACUCUAGUUUCUCCAACAACAGUGUUAAUAACAAUAACCUUGCGCCUCCUCGGUCUUCGCUCGAUGGCUAUUCUGGUGUAGGUUACCAGUAUCGUUCGGCUUCACUCCCAUCGUCUUCUAUCCUAUCAGCCUCUACACACUUCACACAAAACAACAGUGCUGCUGAUGAUAUUUCGUUAUCACGGAUGCCAAGAGAUCGUCAAACACCUGAAUCCCUCAGCCCUGAAAAGCAAGUGCUGCUACUUCAGGUUGUAUCAUAUUUUGAACAUGCGGGCCAUCGUGCAGAUGAGGACACAGCUGCAUAUUUGCUAAGUUCGUACCAAUGGGACAUUGAUCAGACACUGCAAUACUGCCAGGACCUUGUCCAGGCUGUUCAGGGAACCCUUGUCCCUGUACAACAGGAGAAAACACUCAGUGGAGCUGUAAAUGAUCAAAUGACCAGCUGUUAUAUCGACUCCCUACUAUUUGCUAUGUUCGCUCGUCUCUCCGCCUUUGAAGGUCUUUUGAAUGUUAGCCUUGAUUCCGACACCGAUAGUGAUAGUGAAACAAGUGGUAGUGGCACUGAGAGUGCCGAUACUAUUCCAGAACCCCGACGUGAGGGAGAUAAACAAGAGACUUUACUUCACUCGCAUCUAUUACAGACCUGGCUUCGUAUGUUUGUCAAUCAGCUACGCUCUGGAAGACUGGUCCAGGCCCAUGUAGUCAAGGAGUUGCGUCAACAUCUCUACAGUUGUGGAUGGAAUUGUCCAGGGCCGUACGACCCACCUGGGAGUAGUCGACAAGAAGAUGCCAGCGAGCUGUUCAUGUUCUUGACAGAAAAACUUCACCUUCCUUAUUUACCCUUGGAACAGAGACUGCUACAUGGCGCCAAGACUUCUGCUGAUGAUGACAAAGUGAUUACGGAACGAAUGCUGCAGAUAUCAAUACCAGUACCAGAGUUGAAUUCACAUACGUCACAACCUAUCACACGCAGACUAGAAUCAGCAAUGUCAAAGCUAUUGUCAUCUAAAUCAUCCAACGAUAAUAAUGAGGAUGAGAUCAGUAGUGCAGCUUCAUCAGUAUAUGAGAUUUUAUCCCUUGAGAGCCUAUUGGCACAGCACUUUUACGAUAAUACGCUUACGGGAAUCCGACGACUUGUCUCCUCAGGGACAGGAGUACCGCUUUCGCCAGAGGUAGAGGUCCCUGUAUCAGCUUGGCAGGUUCUGAAGCUAUUACCAUUUUACUCAUCAUCUAACGAGCAAGGAGGUAUCAUUCACGCCAGUCAAUCGCAAUACCCUGCAGACGUAGUGAUUCUACCGCUAAUUCUGAAGCGAUAUUCGUUUGGACAUGAUAUGCGGGCACGUAGGAUUGGUACACCCAUCGAUAUCCCCAGACGAAUUGAUUUUUCAAGGUUUGUGAAUCGUCAGACAUUCGGACCAUCUGCAACGUCUAGUUCGCCUCCUCCACAAGAUACCUGUGCGGAUAACGAGCGUGAUGCAGGCUCAAACACAGACGCAAGAGGCAACAAUAUUGUUAACGAUAACGAACCUAAAAAUGCAACCGGAAGUAACUCAAUAGUACUGGAAGAACCGACAGCGCCUCAUGUCUCAUCCUUGUCAUCGUCAUCGUCGCCGCCAUCAUCGCCAACACUCCGAGUCGAGCCUGCUUACUGCGAUCAAAUUCCAAAAUCGCCAUCUGUAGGGACAACUUCCUCAGGUCAUGAUAUCGCCUCCAUAAGCAUCAAUACUCAUCUCCCGCCUGUUCGUAAAUACUCUAUAUCACUUCUUCAGGCUGUAGAUUCCCCAAACACACCUAUCACGCCACCACCUCAAUACUCCCCUGCUUCAUCAUCAAAGGCUUAUUCAUCUUUCAAUAGCACCACAUUGGGAGAUGAGAAGAAAGGAUGGUCACCCCGCCCGCCACCAGAAGAGCCAUUUGGAGGAGACUAUAUGGACUGCAGGCAGCCCAAAGUCAAGUACAUGUUGGAACUCAAGUCUGUGGUGUGUCAUAUCGGAUCACGUCUGGAUUCGGGACACUAUCGUAGCUAUGUGGCAGAUCAGGUUGGUAAAGACAGUACAGUCGCCUCAGAUGCUACUGGUGGGUCUGGAUAUGGUAGCGCUGCCCACCCACUAUCGUUUCAGGAGCCGAAUUGGCUUCGACAUGAUGAUCUAGAUCCAUCAGGAAAUCGCGUGAAGCUGAUUCUCAGGGACUCGGAUGAAAACAUGGAAAUGGAGGCUGACUGGGCUCAGAAUGGCUAUAUUCUGUUCUAUGAGCUCCAGACCAUCCAUCUUUAA